AUGCCAAGAACCACAAAAUAUCCUGCGGCAGGACUUUUAGAUGUGGAUCAAGCUACCGCAAUAAAUGCAAAACUAGAUGCAAUGAACCACAACAUAACCAUGCAGUUCAAACAAAUUGCACUAAAUCAAGCACAUGUGAAUGUUGUACAUCAGGCAGCAAGUUGGUGUGGAGUCUGUGGUAGUGGAGCACAUGAAACUGAACUUUGUGAGGCAAAUCCGGAUUCCUUAAACUAUGUGGGAAAUGUGCAAAGAGGUGGAGGUCAGCAAAAUUUUGGUAAUACUUAUAACUCUAGUUGGAGAGCCCAUCUUAAUUUCUCAUGGGGUGGAAAACGAAACCAAAAUCAAGCGCAAGGGUCUAACCAAUACCGAUCGCAUGGAAUGGGGCAGCAAUAUCCAAAUCCUAGCCAAGGUGUAAAUCCGAGUGCUCAAAAAAUGGGGAUGACUAAUGAAGAGUUACUCCAAAAGCUAAUGCCAGAAAUUGGUACAAAGAUAAAUGCUAGGAUAGAUAAGCAUGAUGAAAACAUAAGAAACAUCCAAAUGUCCCAAAUGAGUUUGGAAAAACAAGUUGUGAAAGUAGCUAAUUCCCUAAACUUGCGCCUUCAAGGAGGGCUGCCCGGUGAAACUGAACCCAACCCUAAGCAACUGAAUGCGGUGAGUACUAGAAGUGGGUUACAACUAGAGGAACUAGCUCCAAAGAAGAGAGAUAAUGAGGUUCACAUUAACCUGCCUUUGGUUGACAUUUUGCAGGAAAUUCCAAAGUAUGCUAAAUAUGUGAAGGAGAUAGUAGCAAACAAGAGAAGGCUCACGGAGUAUAAAAUGGUAGUACUUACUGAGGAGUGCAUCUCUAGAAUUCAGAAUAUACUACCUAAGAAGUUAAAGGAUCUAGGUAGUUUCACGGUGCAAAUUACAAUUGGACAAAGUGUUCAUGCCCGAGGGUUAUGUGAUUUGGGUGCAAGCAUUAAUCUCAUGCUUGCAUUAUUAUAUAAGAAACUUGGGUUGGACAGUCCAAAACCAACCACUGCCAUUCUCCAACAAGAUGAUAGGUCCAUCUCUAGGCUAGAGGUGGUAGUAAAAGAUGUGUUGGUUCAAGUGAGUUCGUUGAUCUUUUCUGUGGACUUUGUGGUCUUAAAAUUUGAGCCUGAUCCUGAAGUUCCAUUUAUUUUGGGGCGUCCGCUAUUGGCUACGGGGCGGACAUUGAUUGAUGUAGCAGCUGGGCAGUUGACUAUGAGGGAACAUGAUAAGGUUGAAGUAUUUGAUGUCUACCACACCUUGAAAAUGCCUUCUAUCUAUGAAGAGUUAUCUGCUAUUACGGUUGUAGAUCUCGCAGUAGAAUCGCAACUCAUUCCGCCCGAGGAUCUCUUAGAAAGAGUUUUAGUAGGACAUGACAUAAAUGGAGAUACUGAAGCUCAAGAUAUAUCGACUUGUUUGAAUCUGGCAGCCAUGGGAUCACACAGAAGUAGAGUAGAGUCAUUAGAUCGUGAAUUGGGGCCUCCACCCAAACCCUCAAUUGAAGAAGAACCUAAGUUGGAAUUGAAAUCUCUGCCUGCUCACCUAAGGUAUGCAUAUUUGGGUACUAAUGAAACCUUACAUGUAAUACUUUCUGCAGAAUUGUCUGAAACACUGGUUGAUGCGGCAUUGAUAGUCUUAAAGCAAAGAAAGAAAGCUAUUGGGUGGCAGAUGGCAGAUAUUCAUGGGAUUAGUCCGGCAUUAUGUAUGCACAAAAUCUAUAUGGAGGAGGAUCACAAACCGAGUGCACAACAUUAA